AUGGGCCGCUUGGCUACUAUAUCAACUUGUCAGCUCAAUCAGUGGGCGCUUGACUUCGAUGGCAAUCGCGACCGCAUCCUGGAAGCUAUCCGUCAGGCCAAAGCAGCCGGAUCUAAGCUGAUACUCACUCCGGAACUCUGCAUUCCCGGAUAUGGCUUGCUCGACCAUUUCCAAGAGCUAGAUACAUUCUCUCACUCCUGGGAGGUUGUGGCCGAGAUCAUCAGCUCCCCGGAAACCCAGGACAUUAUCAUCGAUCUGGGCCUACCUGUCCGCCAUAACGAUGUUCCGCACAACGCCAGAGUGCUUGUUUUGAAUGGCAAGAUUCUCGCCAUUAGACCCAAAAUUGACCUCUGCAAUGACGGCAACUAUCGCGAGAUGCGUUACUUCACUCCAUGGACCAGAUAUCGUGUCGAUACAUACACGCUACCACUCGAGAUGCAAGAACUCACUGGACAGACUGAAGUACCCAUCGGAGACAUCAUCUUCCAGACCUUGGAUGCUACUUUCGCUUCCGAACUUUGCGAGGAGCUUUGGACGCCUGACUCGCCCCACAUACAGUAUUCUCUUAAUGGCGCCGAGAUCAUUCUCAACUCUAGUGGUUCUCAUCAUGAACUGCGUAAGCUUGACACACGCAUCAACCUGAUCACGAAUGCUUCCAAGUCUGGUGGCGUUUAUAUGUACUCGAAUCAGAGGGGUUGCGAUGGCGAUCGCUUGUACUACGAUGGUUGUUCUCUCAUCGCAAUCAACGGCCAGAUGGUCGCCCAGGGCAGUCAGUUCUCUCUCCGCGAUGUUGAAGUCAUCACAUCUACCAUCGAUCUUGAUGAUAUCUGGUCCGCACGCCAAUCUCGCAGCAGAGGAAUGCAAGCAAUGAAGGCGCACGAUUUCGAGCGGGUCAAGAUCGACUUCGCCAUGACGCAAAAGAGCCAGUCUAACCUCAACCUCCGCAUUGCAAAGACGAUCGAGCCCCGUUACCACAAGCCUGAAGAAGAAAUCGCCCUCGGUCCUGCUUGUUGGCUCUGGGACUAUCUGCGAAGAUCUGGAGCUGCAGGUUACUUCGUCCCUCUCAGUGGUGGUAUCGAUUCUUGCGCGACUGCAACGAUCGUGUUCUCUAUGUGCAGGUUGGUCAUCGCAGCCAUCAAGGAAGGUGAUGAACAGGUUAUCAAGGACGCAACACGCCUUUGUUCUGGUAGCGAGGUUGACGUGUCCAAACUGUCCGCUCAGGACUUUUGCGGCAAAGUGUUCUCUUCUGCCUUCAUGGGUAUGAAGGAGCAGUCCAGCAAGGAGACUCGCAGCCGUGCCCAGGAACUCGCCGAAGCAAUCGGCGCCCACCACAUUGACUGCAACAUUGAUGAAGUUUUCAACGCUGUCAAACAUCUCGUGUCCACCACUCUCAACUUCGAGCCCAAGUUCAAAGUCCACGGAGGAAGUCAGGCAGAGAAUCUUGCGCUUCAAAACUUCCAGAGCCGCACGAGGAUGAUUCUAUCAUACGCAUUCGGUCAGCUCCUGCCUACCACUCAGGGGCGUGCAGGCGGCUUGUUGGUUCUUGGAUCGGCCAAUGUCGAUGAAGCACUUCGCGGUUACCUCACCAAAUACGACUGCAGCAGUGCAGACAUUAACCCCAUAGGUGGCAUUAGUAAGACAGACUUGAUUCGCUUCAUAGCAUGGGCGGAACAUGCAUUCGAGCUGCCCAUUUUGCAAGAGUUUAUCGAUGCCACCCCCACUGCCGAGCUGGAGCCCAUUACGAGCGACUACGUACAGUCCGACGAAGUUGACAUGGGCAUGACAUAUAAGGAGCUGUCUGUUUAUGGCUACCUCAGAAAGGUCCGUAAAUUCGGAGUCUACUCGAUGUGGGAGAAGCUCUGCGUCGACUGGCAAGACCAGCACACUCCGCGAGAAGUGUACAAGAAGGUCCGCGACUUCAUGUACUACUACGCCGUGAACAGACACAAGAUGACAACCAUCACACCAGCAUACUACGCAGAGCAAUAUGCACCCGAUGACAACCGCUACGAUCUUCGUCCGUUCUUGUACCCACGCUUCACUUUUGCGCACAGGAAGAUCGAGAACGAGUUGAAGAUGAUGGAGGCUGGAGAGGCCGGCGGCGCAGGAAAGAAAUGA